AUUUUAGGCUUCUCAACCCCGCCCGGGAGGCUCUCCAUGAUGGCUUUCAUCCUCAACGCACUCACUUGCGCCCUGGGUCUGCUCUACUUCAUCCGCCGAGGAAAGCAGUGCCUGGACUUCACGGUCACCGUCCACUUCUUCCACCUCCUGGGCUGCUGGGUCUAUAACUCGCGCUUCCCCUCGGCGCUGACGUGGUGGCUGGUGCACAUCGUGUGCACGGCGCUGAUGGCCGCCAUCGGCGAGUACCUCUGCAUGAGGAUAGAACUCAGGGAAAUACCCCUCAAUUCCGCCCCCAAAUCCAGCGUUUAG